GGUGACGUCACCCGGGCUCUCCGUGCGCGGUGACGUCACGAGGGGCGUCGAGUGGCGCCAAGGCGCGCGGUUUGUGGCGAGGGUCGCGGCGGUCCCCCCCCGGCCCUCAUGGACGGCGCCGGAGAGCGAUCGCAGCCGCUGCCACCGACGGACUCACAAACUGCACCAGCGGAAACUCCCCGAGCGCGCUGCCGCUGAGGUGGGGUUUUGCUGCUGAGAGAUGUCGGCUGACUUUGAUCUCGGAACCCUGCAAAUCCCCGACGAAGAGCAGGAGAGCGAGCAGGACGCGCGCGAGCGGGAGCAGGAGCUGCGGCAGUUGCUCUCGACAGCGCUUCCCGAUGACCUUUUGGAGGACAGCCGAGAUGUCUCGUCGUCGGAGCUGAGUGAUGAGAGCGAGGACGACCGGGCGUCGUCGCACCACGGACACGGGGCCCACGCGGCGCACGGGCCCCCGCACACCUACGGUGACCAAGGCGGCACAGGACAGGGUGCCCUGGGCCAGGCUGGGUACACGCAGUUUAAUGGCCACUAUGCUGCCAACACAUCCAACAAUGACUACAGUUACAUCUCAAACGGAUACGACUACAAGUCUGGCGAUGGCUCCCUCUCUCAUCACGGCGACGCCUGGCUCGACGGCGAUGGCAAUGCCAACAAGAGCGACGUCCUCGCAGACGAGAGCUACCUGGGUUUCGCUCGCGCCGACGGGACACCCUUCGAGGAAAACUUCCCGACCGGCGAUGGUGCGGAUGCUGGAGGAGGCUACGGGCAGCCGGCGGCAUACCGGGACAUGCAGCACAGCGCCGCCCUGUUGAAUGGACACGUCAACGGACACGUCAACGGACACGUCAACGGACACGUCAACGGACACGGCAAUGGGCACGGCAUUGGCAGUGCGGCUUACCACAGCCACCGCCAAGUGAAUGGAGACACCGCCGGUGGCGGGAGCCCGGUGGUGGCCGGGGGUUUGAGCGACGGGGACGUGUACCGUGUGACGUACCGCCAGGGCUCUGGCGGCCACAGGCUGGUGCCGCCCUCCCCGCAGCAGGCAGAGUCAGCUACUGCUCAAGAUUUCAAUGCCAUGCAGCAGGAAUUUCUGAAUUCUGCUGCUGGUGGGCAAGCGAUGCAACUGACUCAGCUGCAGAUCCUGUACCAGGCCCGGGGCCGGGAGGUGAGCGAGCUAUCACGCCAGCUGCUCACCCUGCAGGAGGAGAGCGCACGCGACCUCCGCAUCCUCAGCCACCAACUGGCGCUCGUCACCGGAGAGAAGGAGGGCCUGAUGGUGAGUCUGCAGGAGUGCCAGCGGCUGGUGCAGGCUGGCAGGGAGAAGGAAAGCAUGCAGGAAGGGAAUCUGCAGGCCCAGGAUGCCCACAUCAAGGCCCUGACCUCGGGCAAAGACCAGGUGGUGCGCAAGCUGCAGGUGGCUGAGGCAUCGAUGGAGAGCCUGCAGCAGCAGCUGGAAGAGCUUGGUCGCUCGGAGUCGUUGACGCGAGCCCGGGAGAGCCACGAGAGCGCGCUCGCCGUCCUGAAGCAGAAGCACGCACAGGAGGUGCUCACGCUGCAGCAGCAUCUCGACCAGCAGAGGACCGUCAUUCAGCAGCAGGAGGAGGCGGUGCAGCGGCUGGAGGGGCGAGCGAGGCAGGCGGAGAGGGAGGCAGAGGAGGGCCGAUUGGAGCGUGCCGAGUUGGUUAACCGCUUGACCCGCAGCCUGGAGGAGAGCCAGAAGCAGUGUCGCGACCUCCUGCAGUCAGGCUCAGUGCAGGAGAUGGGGCAGCUUCAGAUCCAGCUGCAGCAGGCGCUGUCUGCGCGGACCAUAAGCGACCGUAUAAACCGUGCUGUGCAGGACGAGGUCGCGGAACUGAAGGAGCACCUCAAUAUGUACGAGAGCGCCGCCAAGUUUGGGGUCCAUGUGGGCAGCCUGAACGGUGGUGCAGAAUUCGCUCUCUCUGAGUCCUACCUGGAGCUGGGCAUCAAAAACGCAGUGCUGAAACCACCCCGGGUCCACAGUUCGGAGGCUGGGGAGGAGCCCCUGGAGCGGCUGGUGAGCGGGCUGAAGGCGGAGCUGGAGCGAUCGCUGCAGGGAAACCAGUCCAAGCGGCAGCAGCUGGAGCGCCAACGCGCCGAGCUCGGGGAAGCACAGCUGCAGCUGCAGCAGGCUGAGGCCAGGGCACAGCAGGCCGAGGCUUGUGCCAAGGAUGCACAGGUGCGCUGCAGUGCACUGGAGAGAGAGCUGCAGGUCAGCGCACGCGUGCCGCAUGCUGCUAACGCUGCAUCCGCAAAGGAGCUGGAGGCACUAAAGCAGCAGAAUGCAACACUGAAGCAGGAGACAGAGGAGCUGGGUGUCCGGGUGUCCGAGCUGGUGAGCGGUGAAGAGCGGCUCAUGGAUGCCAACCAGGAGCUGCGUGAGCAGAUCAAGCAGAUGGUUGCCGACUUUGAUGCAGACAAGCGCGAAGCCUUGGAGAGGUGCGAGCGCACGUACGAGCAGUACCACGAGGACGGCAAGGCCGGGCUACGGGAGGAGCUCGCGCACAAAUUCCAGGAGGAGCAGGAGGAGCUGGUGCGGCACUACGAGGAGCAGCUGCAGUCGUUCCGAGCCAAGCUGGAGGGGCUGGUCCAGGAGACGGACGGCGUGAAGGAGUGCUACAUCACCAUGUGCCGCGAGCGCGAGGCGCUGGAGGAGGCUGUGAGGCAGCACGAACGGCGCCAACAGCAGGCAGUGGAGACUGCGCUGCAGAGCGCGAAGAAGGAAUGGAGGGCGGCGUUGCCGGGGUCGGCGCGACCCGGUCGGGUCCAAAUGGCCCAUCGGCACUCACAGACCGAGCCGCAGGCUGACGCGGCAGCACCUGUGACGCAGGCGGUGGACCCUGAGAAGGAGGCGGGCGUCAGCGUGGCGUGCCAGGCCGGCACAGAGAGAGCGGAUGCUGCUUGUCAAAGCAAAGGGGAGAGGGUGGAACAAUCUAGCCAGACGGAACAGGAGAGGUCGGAGCAAUACAGCCAGACGGAACAGAAGGGAAAGGAAAACUCCUGCCAGACGGAAGAGAAGGACAGCAGAGUGGAUGCCGGGAGCCAAACUGAAGAACCACACCAGGCUGCAGGAGAUGAGCACUUGCUUCCCGACGGCCGUGGGAAGGCAAAGGAACCCCAGUCCGGUGCCAGCAGAAGCUGUGGGAUGACAACACCAGGGCAGCAUACUUCCAGCAAGGACGGGAGGUGGCCAGCGCAAGGCAUGGGGCGCGAGGACGGCGGCGCCGGGUCGGCGAGCCCGACCGAGCGCGCACGCUGGGAACGCGAGGCCGACGCGAGGCUGCGCGCGGCGCUGGCCGAGGCUCGGGCGCGCUGGGGCCAGGACAAGCAGCAGGAGCUGACGCGCGCGCUGGCGCAGUGCGAGCAUGACCACCGUGCCCUGCUGCAGCAGCACCAGUCUGUGCUCGGGAGGCUGGAGGAGAAGGUGAAGGCACUUGAGAGAGAAAAGGGGGAACUGCAGACCCACCUGGAGAGGGAGAAGAGCGAAUGGCAGGGCAAGCUGGAGCGAGAGAAGGGCGAGCUGCAGGGCAAGCUGGAGCGAGUGUGCAGGGAGCUGCAGAACGCCGACCGCCACUACCGCCUGCAGUUCAAGCAGCUCAAGAUGCGCUGGCAGGCGGAGCAAGAAGCAGCUGUGCACACCUUGCGCACUGAGAACCAUCAGCUGAGGGAGAAGCUGCAAGAAGAGGCGUCGAAGGGGGCCGCGAGGGAAGGCCCAGGCAUGCACGACUCGUGUCGUGAGGUCAUCCAGCGGCUGCACGACCACUAUCUGGGUUCACUGGAGCAGCUGCGCAGCAGCGUACUGCAGCACGCGCGGGACGGCCGGGACCGCGCCGCACGGCUCGUGCGCACCGAGGUGCGGCGGGAGCGAGCGCGCCUGGUGCGAGCGCUGCACGACGGCUGCCCCGACGGCGCGGCGGUGGCGGCGGCGCUGGCAGCGGCGACGGAGCGCUUGUGGGACGGGCGCGAGAGCCCCGGGCAGAGCUGCAGCUCUUCCGGCGGAACGAGCGGCGCUGGUGCUGCCUCUGAUGCUGCUGCUGCUGCCUCUGAUGCUGCUGCUGCGGCCACCGCAGCGUGGGGGGUUGCCCCACCUCGACCUGCCGAUGUCACCCUCACACAGAGCGCGGAAAGGGAAAACUCGAGCCAGCAAGCAAAGGCCAAUUUGCCGGUGCUGGGUGCCACUGGCGGCGGUGGGUGGGAGGACCGGACAGGAGACUUCAACCGAGGUGGAGCGUGCGGGGACGAGAGGAGCGCUUGGAGCGGCGUCGAUCCCCGGGGCCCACAGCCAGGGCAUGGGCAAUACCGGCAGCGUGGCGGCGGUGGUGUCGGAGGUGACGACGUUGACUCGUGGCUCAGACAGCGGUCACUGCACGGCCUCGACCUGCAACUCAACAAGGGGCAGGGGAGUGGGGAGCUGCCCUCGCCAUCGCUUCUUCCCGAUAAGCCCACCUCACGUGGACCGGCCAGUUUUCCUACAAGGCUGCUAAACAAUCAUUGUGCCACGAGCAAACCUAACGGCCUCGGUGCCGUCAAGGCGGUGCGGUUUUACUCGUCCGACGGUUUUCGAGGUCCAAGCGAAGGAGAUUUUCCCAGUAAAGGGGAAGCGCCGGUUGGCCCCGUGCUCUCGCCGCGCCCCCUCCGAGAUGCCACGCCGUCGGAGCGAGCGCCCGGCACAAGCGCCCGGUGUCGGCUCGGGUCCCCGGCUCCGGGCGGCGCAUCCCCGCACGCCCAGCGUCGCCCGCGUGUCGCGACGGCGCCGCGUUCCUCCUCCUGCGGCCCAAGCAGGGCGCGUUCGCCGGGCUUGCGCGAGACGCCCGUGCGGGACGGGGCGCCGGCGUCACGGGCGCCGGCGUCGCGGGCGCCGGGGCCUAAGGUCGCAGGGGUCCGCGGGGCGCGCGGCGCCGCCGCCGUCACGGACUUGUCGGACUCGGGCGGCGGCUCGCGGCCCUCGAGCGACGGCAAUUGGCCCGAGCAGUGACGAGCGCCGCGCCAGCAGCCGGGCGCUGUGCCACGCGGGCGUAACGCCGUCCAGGGGAUGUCCACAUCGAUGGCUUUCAGAGAGGCAGCGUGUAACAGACCCCCCGUGGACUGCCCAUGGACUGUCACUGAUGCCAGUGCCCUUAUUAACGCCAUUACUCUGGUCGUUAACAGCGUUAGCUCUGGUGCCCUGGUCGUGAACAUUGGUAUUAACUUUAUGGAUGUUGUUCACGUUUGUGCCAUAAUCGUUCUAUUUGUUCCUUUAGUUUUUAACGCAGGUGAUAUAACCAUACAUUUUGAAGCAGUAAUAUCAAUGCCAUAACUUUAACGUGAGCAUAAUUGGAAACAUAACAUUUUACCUUGGUGUUAUGGUCUGGUCGAGGUCGGGUUUAUGCGAAAGUUCGACCUCGGGCUAGAAUGUGUGCUGCAAACGCAGGCCACGUUGCGGUCGUUGGUAUUGGCGGUGUGCUGUGGUUGACUGCCAUAUAGCGCUGUUGAUGGACGUGUCGGUCCGUCCAGGAGUGAGUGGUGCUGUGCAUUGUAUUCACUGCAUGCUAUUUUGUUCACCCCUGCCAAGGUUAAACGUCUAAAUGUGAAGUACGCGGAGUGCUCGGUUCCACAUGAGCACAGGGAGGUGUCUGGGAUGAAUUUUAAACUCCCAGAGUUGGUGUGUGUGUGACUGUAGCCCUGUGUGCUUUGUCACUUGUGUUUUUUACGGCGUGUUUUGCGGUGGUUUUUGUGGAAUAACUUAUCGAAGAUGUAAUUAAAAUCACUCAGUACUGUACAUGUAAAUUCAUAUAUAUUUUUAAUAAUAUAUUUCAAAUUAAACUUUGUAUGUUUAAACGUGCAACACAUUUCUUUUUCAAUAGUAUUCAGCCAGCGUGUGAAACAAGUUCAUGUCUGAAUGCACUUGCACAACAGCGUGCAUCGAGGAAGCGUGCUGCUAGAUGAAAAUGUAGCCGAGUUGUGUCCUGAUGUCCUGGUAGCUGAAAACUUGGGAAACCUAAAGAUCUGCUCGAGUUGCCACUGUUUCAAGGACGAAGCGUGCUGGAGCUGAGCCUGGGUGGUAGGGAGGAAGAAAUCGCUGUUGGCAAGCACGACCCAGACCUCUUGCCGUUGAACAGAAGUUACAAAAUAUUUCACGAUAUCUGCCGUAAAAGCAUCGAACGCGCGGGAGAUAACCUUGUGGAGCGCAGAACUGUUUUGCAAAGCGGGUGAAUGUGCACGAUCGUUAAAAACACGAACGCAGCUAUCGGUUGGCCGAGUACCAAAAUAUAUUUGCAUACUGUUCGAGACGCGGAUUGUUUAUGGUAUCCAGGUCGCACGGGCUCAACGAACACACGGGAGCCAAAACAAACACGUGCGUGUGUGCGCCUGCGUGCGUGCGUGCGUGAGGUGCUGGGAAGAGCUCCGUGCUGCGUAACGGCAACUGAAGGCCACAUAGGUGUGUCCAGCGGCGUGACCUCACGCUACCCCCGCCACAGUCACGGACUCGUGGGAACUCGUCGUUACCUCACACCCGUCUUCGUCGAGUCCUCUCGGCUAAAUACGAAUCGGGCAAUGGCGCUUCCUCACGCACGAUAGAGAUGCCGUCACGAUGGGCCAUUGCCCGAAAUGUCUCCAUAUAUAUUUCUCCGUUUAGUGCGGUGUUAUUUAUGAAUGUGUUCGGUUUUUGUUUAAUCCGCCUAGUGGUUCAGCAGUAGAGCGAAUGACUAGUGUGUUGUUGUUGAACUUCUUUCGCAACGUAUGUAGCCAACCGUGUUAAUUGGAGAGUCUGAAGUUUCAUGUCUCUGGGGGGUGGAUUGAGCCCAUCAUCCCUCCAGAGCAGAUCAAAGGAGACCGAGAGGAAGGAGACGAAUGACGUUGCAACAAGGAAGGACGUGCGGACAUGAAGAGAGCAGCGGAAGACAGACAACACUGACGACGACGAGGAGGUGCUCGUGGGAUGCUGCCGUACUUAGUUGGGUAGAAUCACGAUCGCUAUGUUGCCCAUGCGAGAGGAGGCUUUACCGUUUGAGAAACGCGCCACGUUGGUGAUAGCCUUGCAUUGAAAGAACGGCACUGCCAAAAUUACUCAAUUGUAAUGUUUAAUGUCCAAGCCCAAAUCUCAAGUUUGUAAGGAACUGCUAAAUAAAUCACAUUCGUAAAAUGAAUAACAUUCAAGAGUAGCCGUGCAUCACAGGUGGCCUGCCCCUGCAUAAAACACGCCACCACAUCUGGUUAAAUCGAGAGCACCGGAGACUCGCACUGCGUUGUCUGAGGUCGUCGCAGGGUCACGUUGAGAAUCGCUCGUGGCGAGAGAUCUCGAACCUCGGUGGCUCCUGGCUGUGUUUGGGAUCCAGUUGAGAUGAAGCGAUGCGCUUCACUGCGCUGAUAAUCACCAGCUGUUUGUACAUCCCUGCAUCCUUAUCUUGUUUUACGGGUGGAGUCGGUUUACUGCCAAAUUGGGGGGCGGUGUUAGAUGGGGGAGGGGAUGGAUGGAUGUAUGAGACGAGGACGCGGUGUUGUCUGGGCGUCGUGUGUACGGGUUGGCAGUGGACUUCACGUGUUUACUGCACUUGGCCGCUGCACCUGGCAUCGUGUUGACCCACGACAAAGUCCACGUGAGCCCCGCCACGGGUUACAAGUUCACCCCCCCGCCCCCCUCCGUGUGGCCACCAUCGCCGUGGUGGAGCAGGCGCCGAGGCUCGCCCGUUAAGUUUGCGCUCAGCCCGUUGCAGCAAAACGGUUGCAGGCGACCAAAUGCAACCCGCGAGCUCGCAGGCCAGGCUCGUGCUACGCAACACGAGAGCUUCUUAAUGAGAGCAACGAGGCGAGAAUCCAGCAACUGGGUCAAUUAAUGCUCGUUCGAGAAUAGUGGCCGUCUUUGUUGUGCUAGAGGCUUGGCGUUCGGAUUAGGGCCGUGCUUGUAUUUAGCCUGAGGUUUAUUGAGUUUUAAAUAAAACAACAUUGUGGUAGGCUUUG